AGCCGGGUCCUUGCUUCUCUCGGUGCUCUGAGAUAUCUCAGUCUUGUUAGAAGUAUCUCUCAAAGCUUCCUCUUCCUCCAGCUACAGAGUAGAUCUUGUAGGCGAAUCAUGGCCACCAUCCAGUGCGUCAAGGCGAGGCAGAUCUUCGACAGCCGUGGCAAUCCCACCGUCGAGGCUGAUGUUACAUUAUCCGAUGGCACCGUGGCUAGAGCUGCAGUUCCUAGCGGAGCAUCCACUGGUGUCUACGAAGCACUUGAAUUGCGAGAUGGAGGUUCUGAUUACCUUGGAAAAGGUGUAUCGAAGGCUGUCGAGAAUGUCAACACCAUCAUUGGACCUGCAUUGAUUGGAAAGGACCCAACUGAACAGACUAACAUCGAUAACUACAUGGUGCAACAACUUGAUGGAACUGUAAACGAAUGGGGUUGGUGCAAACAGAAGCUUGGAGCAAAUGCCAUAUUAGCAGUGUCUCUUGCAGUUUGCAAGGCUGGAGCAGGUGUGAAAAAAAUUCCUCUCUACAAGCAUAUUGCCAACCUUGCUGGUAACAGGACCUUGGUCCUGCCAGUUCCUGCGUUCAAUGUCAUCAAUGGAGGAUCGCAUGCUGGAAAUAAACUUGCAAUGCAGGAGUUCAUGAUCCUGCCUGUUGGUGCUUCAUCCUUCAAAGAAGCCAUGAAAAUGGGUUCUGAAGUAUAUCACACUUUGAAGGGUGUGAUAAAAAAGAAGUAUGGUCAAGAUGCCACGAAUGUUGGUGAUGAAGGAGGCUUUGCUCCUAACAUUCAGGAGAACAAGGAAGGUCUUGAGUUGCUCAAGACAGCCAUUGCUAAAGCUGGUUACACAGACCGGGUUGUUAUUGGCAUGGAUGUUGCUGCUUCUGAAUUUUAUGGGAAGGACAAAACGUAUGACCUAAACUUCAAGGAAGAGAACAAUAAUGGGUCACAGAAGAUCUCUGGAGAUGCCCUCAAGGAUCUCUACAAAUCAUUUGUCUCUGAAUACCCAAUUGUAUCCAUUGAAGAUCCAUUUGACCAAGAUGACUGGGAACACUACAACAAGCUAACAUGUGAAAUUGGAGAAAAAGUGCAGAUUGUGGGAGAUGAUCUCUUGGUUACCAACCCAAAGAGGGUUGAGAAAGCCAUCAAAGAGAAGGCAUGCAAUGCUCUUCUUCUCAAGGUCAACCAAAUUGGUACUGUGACCGAGAGCAUUGAAGCUGUAAAAAUGUCCAAGCGUGCUGGAUGGGGUGUCAUGGCCAGCCAUCGCAGUGGAGAGACAGAAGACACCUUCAUUGCUGACCUCUCCGUGGGUCUGGCCACGGGCCAAAUUAAGACAGGAGCCCCAUGCAGGUCAGAGCGUUUAGCAAAAUACAAUCAGCUGUUGCGAAUUGAAGAGGAACUUGGCUCUGAAGCAAUUUAUGCUGGAGCAAACUUCCGCAAGCCUGUUGAGCCCUACUAAAUUUUGAGACCAGUUGAAAGUUGUGAACGCGGCAUCAGUGCACUGAAUAAGUUUGUAGUAAGAAUGAGAGUGUUGAGUGGACGAUCUUCUGAAUAAUCUUAUGUAGGAAAGUUGCUGUUUUGACUUUCUGAGUGCUAAAGUUGUGUAUUAUUUAAAGAGGAAGUCUAAUGUUGAGGGUUUGCUAACCCGGAGUUUGUAUCCGUAUUCUAAGUGUCUUAUGUCCAACAUCGAAUUCAGCUUUUAGUUAUGCUUUGUGCAUAUUUCAGUAUUUCUUCAA